AGUGGUCCCCAUACCAGAAACCAAUCAUGGCAUACAUUUGUGUCCCCCUUCGGUGUGGGUUAUGUAGGUUCAACAUUGACGACGGAAGCAAGGUUGUUGUUGGUGCGUAUCGGGGCCCUACUUGUCGUAAUCUUCUAACUGGAGUAGUGACGAUCGAUGGUAUCUUUUUUGACACACACGAGAGCUCUCCAUUGGUGGAGCUGCCAGACUAUACGUACAUUGAAUGCGCUGACGCCUCUUGCGAAAGGGUCUGUGAGCACUCCGACAAGCAAAUGAUGGGAUGUCAUAGUGAAUGCUACGACCUUACCACAGCAGAAUGGAGAGCAGGAUUCUUCCGAAUAACUGCCCCGAAGUUCGAGCCACCCGCUACUGAAGACGAGCGACGUAUCCGGUGGCUAUAGCAUUACAUGAUUCAAUUCUAUAAAUUUCCCCUACCGCUACCUCCGGAGCUUUGCACACACAUCGCAAAUUACUAUCUCCGUGGACAGGAGCUGCAUAGGUGCGCUGUCUACUACGCCCUGGAUACGUUUCCAAAGGUAGCCGGCCACGUCAGCUCCAAAUUUCGCAUCACACGCGGACUUCGGGCGCGGUACAUCGCUUUCGAGUGUGCCAGGUACAUUGCAGCGUUGAAACAAACACGAACGGGCAGUACACGGAGAGGCACUUCACGAAGAGGCACUUCAAGAAGACGAAAUGACCCAGAUGACAGCAGCUAUGUUAUCGACACCGCAUGGCUAACAGCAGA